CCCCCCCCCCCUUUCCCCAUCCCUAUCCCCGCCCUCCCGGUGCCUCCCCCCGCUCCCAUUGGCUGGGCCCGGGGCGGGCAAUGGCGGCGAUCCGCAGCGUGAAGGGGCUGGUGGCGCUGGUGACCGGCGGAGCCUCGGGGCUGGGCCGGGCCACGGCGGAGCGGUUCGUGGCGCAGGGGGCCCGGGUGCUGCUGCUCGACCUGGGCUCGUCCCCCGGGGCGCAGCUCGCCAAGGAGCUGGGGGAGCGCUGCGCGUUCGCGGCCGCAGAUGUGACGUCGGCCGAGGAGGUGGGAGCUGCCCUGAAGCUGGCCCAGAAGGAGUUUGGGCGCCUGGACGUGGUGGUGAACUGCGCCGGGGUGGGCAUCGCCGUCAAGACCUACAACAGCAAGAAGGACAAGGUGCACGAGCUGGAGGACUUCCAGAGGGUCAUCAAUGUGAACCUGGUGGGGACCUUCAACGUCAUCCGCCUCAGCGCCCAGCUCAUGAGCCACAACCAGCCCGACGCCGACGGCCACCGCGGGCUCGUGGUCAACACGGCCAGUGUGGCCGCCUUCGAGGGGCAGGUGGGUCAAGCAGCUUACUCAGCCUCCAAGGGCGGCAUCGUAGGCAUGACGCUGCCCAUCGCCCGCGACCUGGCGCCGCUCGGCAUCCGGGUGGUCACCAUCGCUCCAGGGCUCUUUUCCACCCCGUUACUGGCUGGUUUACCUGAACGGGUUCGGAAUUUCCUGGGACAACAAGUGCCUUUCCCCUCCCGCCUGGGACACCCGUCGGAAUACGCGCACCUCGUCCAGGCCUUGGCCGAGAACCCCAUGAUCAAUGGGGAGGUGGUGAGGUUGGAUGGAGCCCUCCGCAUGCAGCCAUGAGUUUUGGGGCUCCCCCCAAAUGUGGGGCUGGGGG